AUGGCUCCACCAGCACCGUUUCAGCCCACUACGGGAGUAUCGCCGUCGGGCCCGGAAGUAGGACGAGUUUAUACUGUUACCCGCGAGGAGGCUCAGCGGGCCGAGGGAUCGGUCUUUCGGGGUAUGAUUACUGUUUAUACUUUUCCUGCUGAAUUAUUGAUUGAUACUGGUAGUUCCCAUUCUUUCAUUUCUCAAGUAUUUCUGAGUAAGAUUUGUAGAUUACCGGUUCGUCGGACUCAUACAUUAGCGGUAUCUUUACCCUCGGGAGAUAUACUAAAUAUCAGUCAAGAGGUUAAAGAUUGUCCAUUGGAUUUCGAGGGUCAGACCCUUAGGGUGGACUUGCAGGUUCUUGAUAUGUUAGAAUUUGACAUCAUUUUGGGUAUGGACUGGUUGGCCAGAUAUUAUGCUACCGUCGACUGCAGCGCUAGAGUCGUUACAUUUAGACCUCCGGGUCUACCAUCCUGGGUGUUCCAGGGUACCAAGGAUGGGGGGAUUUCUGUUAUCUCAGCAAUGCAAGCUCGGAGAUUAUUGUCUCAAGGAUGUCAGGGGUAUCUAUUAUCUAUGAUUAAGACUGAUCAGGAUCAUACUCCACAGGUUUCUGACAUUCCUAUAGUUCAGGAGUACCCUGACGUAUUUCCAGAGGAAUUACCCGGCUUGCCCCCGAAAAUGCAAGUGGAGUUCACGAUUGAGCUGAUGCCGGGAACAGCGCCGGUAUCCAGGGCUCCGUAUCGUAUGGAACCUAAAGAAUUAGAGGAGCUAAAGGUGCAGUUGGAGCAGCCGAAGUCUAUACAGGAGAUUCGUAGCUUUCUCGGUUUAGCUGGAUAUUAUCGAAGGUUUGUGGAGGGCUUCUCUAGCAUCACUCUGCCUUUGACUCAGUUGACUAGAAAAGGGGUGAAGUUUUGCUGGACAGAGUCCUGCGAGACAAGUUUUCAGGAACUUAAGCGAAGGCUCAUUUCUGCACCUAUACUAGUACUUCCUUCUGGAGAUGAUGGCUUCGUGCUUUAUACAGAUGCAUCAUUACAGGGGUUAGGCGCAAAAGAAUUGAACUUAAGACAGAGAAGAUGGAUGGAAUUCUUGAAGCACUAUGACUGUACGAUCAACUACCACCCAGGGAAAGCCAACGUGGUAGCUGAUACGUUGAGUAGGAAAUCCCGAGGAGUUCUUGCCUGUCAUCGUGUGAUGGUUACAGAGCUGGUACAGAAAUUUUCUGAGUUGGAAUUAGUAGAGCAGGGUCAGACUGAGCGGGGUAUUCUGUUAUCUAUGGUUGCCCAGUCACCCAUGGUAGAGAGGAUUAAAGAAGCUCAGGCUACAGAUCAGCAUCUGCAGUUUUUAUGUAGCAGGAUUAUUCCAGGACAGCAGACAGGGUUUUCUUGCGACGGAAACGGGAUUCUGUAUUUCCAGGGGAGAUUGUGUGUUCCUGAAUCAUCUUCCCUGAAGGAAGACCUACUUCAGGAGGCAUACCGAUCCAGAUUUGCGAUUCAUCCGGGUGGUACACGUAUGUAUAGAGAUUUGUGGCGUUCAUAUUGGUGGACUGGCAUGAAGAAAGACAUUGCGGAUUUUGUUGCACGAUGUCUUGUAUGUCAGCAAGUAAAGGCUGAACAUCAGAGACCCGCUGGUUUACUCCAGAAAAUACAGAUACCGGAAUGGAAAUGGGAGCACAUCGCGAUGGAUUUCGUCGUGGGUCUACCCAGAACCCAACGAACACAUGAUACGAUUUGGGUGAUUGUUGAUCGAUUAACCAAAUCUGCUCAUUUCCUUUCGAUCCGUAGGACGGAGUCAUUGGAUCGAUUAGCAGAGUUGUAUUGUAGAGAGAUUAUCAGGCUACAUGGUGUACCUCUCAGUAUUAUUUCGGAUAGAGAUCCGCGGUUCACUUCACGUUUCUGGCAGAAUCUACAGCAGGCUAUGGGUACAGAGUUACGUUUCAGUACGGCUUUCCACCCCCAGACGGACGUUAUCACUCAGCGAUACAGAUGGCACCUUAUGAGGCGUUGUAUGGCAGAGCAUGUAGAUCUCCCACCUUAUGGACAGAAGUUGGGGAAACACAGAUUUUGGGGCCACAGAGUCUUCAGCGUGAUGCGGAGAUGGUUCGUACUAUCAGGCGCAGAUUGUCAGAGGCUCAGGAUUGACAGAAGAGUUAUGCAGACCGGAGAUGGAGACCUUUAG